UUGAUCCCUGCCGCCAUCAUCCAGGCGCGCGUCUAUCUGCAAAAUCUCCGGUCUCCACUCUGACCUUUCUCCCUCUUGUCUAAGCCACCAUGACAAUGACAUCUCCGGCUCAGACGUGCAGUUCUGGAAUCGUAUCGACAACCCCUUCCGUCGCCUCUGCAUCGUCAAGUCACUCGGAAAGUUCCUCCACGUCUAUCUGCACCUUGCGCUCGCGCUUCUGCCCCGAUGCAAAAGUGGUGUCGCGUCUCGAGAGAACGGCCCACGAGAUCGGAGGCAUAGUGACCAGGCUCAUCCCUGACGACGCGCUCCCCGAACCGCUUAAGGAUUCCUUCCUCUCUCUUUUCGACGUCCUCUAUAGCGCAAAUGAUCGCAAAUGGCUCAAGUACCCAGCCCCAUCUCUCCGCGUCCAUGCCGCCGCCCAAGCGCAGGAGACCGUGCAGCUUUUGAAUACCAUUGUCUACCGCUGCUCCCUGCGAUUCCCCAAUCAGCGACCGCCUCAUUCAUGCCGUCAGUGGAUUGUGACCGAGAGCUCCAGGACGCUGCCGGAUGGGGACAGCACGCAGUUCGUCGGGAUUGCGCUCGUGGAGAGCGAUCGCGUCUCAAAGGUGUCGCACUGGGCCGACGUUGUCUGCGAUGUGCAGAUCGCCGCGGAUGCGGAGUCGAUGCCUCAAGCGCUACGGCGACUGCACAGCGGUGCCGCAAGCGUGUUUGCCGCACAGGCGACUCGCAUGUAUCACGUCGGUAUUGCUCUCGCGGGCGAUUCAUUCCAGCUCGCGUACUACGACCGCUCUGGAUGCGUUCUUUGCGGCGUAUUCAACGUCCACACGCAACCAGGGCCUUUCCUCCGCGCCGUUAUGGGCCUCUCCCUGCUCGACGAUUCUUACGUUGGAAAGGACACCUCGAUCAUCCUACGAGAUGGUCGGCGCUAUGUGGCCGUCGGUGGCGUGGAGUACGAGAUUGUGGAGCUCCUUUCCUUCAUCAGCGACAUUCUCAGCAAGGGGACAAUCUGUUGGCGUUGUCGUCGGCCCGAUACAAGCGAGCAGUUCGUCAUCAAGAACAGAUGGGCAGCUCUGAGCCCGAGCUACCGCCCGAGCGAAGGCGACUAUCUCAGGAAGGCCGCCGGGAUAGACGGAGUGGUUAGUCUGGUCUGCGAGGAGGCAGUCUUGCGCCGCGAUGGACUUCCGCAGAAUACGCUUUGGCUGCGAGACGUCCUGCAGGGCCCGCAGCUUCGGAGAGUCUUUGAGGACCAACCGAAGAUGGAGCUGCGCCGCUUUGUGUUGCAGCCGUGUGGACGGCCUCUGCAGGAUUUUGAAUCCAAGGAUGAACUUCUCGGCGGCUUCGCCGAUUCUAUCGUAGCUCAUGAGCGGCUGUACGAGGCAAGGGGUAUCCUGCACUGCGAUAUCAGCGACAACAACGUGAUGCUUCGUGAUCGCGGUGCUCCUCCUGGCCACCGCGGACUCCUCGUUGACUUGGACGCCGCUGCCUUCGUCCAAUACGACAGCAAAUCCGAGACGAACCUCGCUCCUAUCUCUCAUGACGUGGGAACACUGCCGUUCAUGGCGUGCGAACUAUUGCUGCCCCACAGCGCGGCGCCGCACGCGCCGUGGCACGACCUCGAGUCCUUCCUCUACGUUCUCAUGUCCAUCUGCGCUACCUGCUCGGGCCCCUCCAACACGCCCCGGCCCGACUUCGACAUCGAGGAAUCUCCCAUGGGUCCCUGGUACACCGGCGACAUCUGCCGCAAGGAGCAGGUCAUGUGCGAGUACGACGACAAAGAGUUUCGCGCAUUCCUCGACGAGCUCUUCGACCCGUACUUCGACGACCUGAAGGAGCUCGUCGUCGAUCUGCGCAGCAUCCUCACGCGCAUGCCGGGCCUGCAGCCGUGCCACGGCCUCAUCUUGGAUAUCUUCGACCGGCAUAUGAAGGAGAGGGAGGAUGCGCGCGCGGAUUCGGCGGCUGGCUCGCAGAGGGACGAGAGCCCUCCCGCGGGGUCUCCGACGGGCAGCAAGCGGAAGCUUAGCUCGCGAGACGAGCAACCGCCACCGGCAUCGCCGCGUGAUCGCGAGGGCGACGAUGCGUCCGAGACGAGCUCUCUAUCCUCAUCAACGUCGUCAUCGCGGUCGAGUCACGAUUCGUCGCAUGCGAGCGACGACACGGCACUCACUCAGGUGAGCUCUAAGGAAGGGUUGGAGAGGGCGAGGGCGGACGGCUCCGAAGAGGGCGUAGAAGAACAUAAGGCUGAGGUGGCCGCGCGGCAGGUGACGCCCCCCUUGAAGCGGCGGCGAGUGUAGUGUUUACGUAGCAUAUAUUCUAUGUCUUACUUUCAUGAUCCUUCUGAAGCAUUGUGUCCUAAAAAUUUAUCCUCUGACCGCGCGGUUC